GAUGGUGUCUUCUGAUACCUAGUGUUAUUCCUGAUGAUUAUUCUUGUGUGUAGCCCCUUAUAAUGAUGUGUACAUUGUAUAUACAUCUUACUUUAUCUAGACUGUGCCGGAUGUUAUGGCGACAUAAAUGAUCCGUGAUCGGUCAGAUCUGGUUGCCAUGCCGACUUGCCUUGUAAAAGCUUGUAGCAGCGGGCACUCUGGAUUUGGUGUUACCUGGCACGUCUUCCCGAAGAGCGCCGACAGAAUAAAGCAAUGGCUGCAGCGUAUCGGACAGUUUCCAAAUGUAGAUGAGACGGCAGAAAGGAUCCUGAAGGCAGAGGAUGAGUAUUGUCUGUGUUCCCGACACUUCACAGAAGACUGUUACAUCGCGGUGGGGAACCAGCAGCGUCGCCUAAAACCCGAUGCCGUGCCGAGCAUCUUCACCGGGAUCGCAGAGGAUCUCCAGGAGCCAUCUUUUUACCAAAAAGAAAACGACAGAGCUCCUCCGCCGCGUUGGUGUAAAUGUACGCUGUCCAGGCGGGAUGCCCUGACGCAGACUGAAGAAUCGUGGUUUGGAUCAGGUCCCGUCUCGUUGUCCGGCGUCCAUUCGGUGAUCGACCGCCAAUUCAGUUCAAGAUUAGGCGAUGGUUGUCAUAGACUGGAAAAAAACUCAAAAGUGAUUUCGGAGGAGGGCAUCGUUUCUUUUGUAGAUACAGAUUAUGCUGGACGAAGUUCAGAUGAACAGGGUUCUUGUCUUAACCUUUCCUCCUUCAAGGAAAUUACAAAAUUUGAGGAACAUCAGGAGGCAUCAUCCAUGACUCGGUCAUUCCAGCCCCAAUUAGAGGUCAUUAAAAAACGUCUCAAGAUUGAAAAGGACAACAGUCACCUGACCGAGGAAAUAAUAAAACUCGCUUUGAAGAUCAUCUACCUGCUGACUGGAGAGGAUUUUAUAGUUGUGAAGAAGGCAUCUUGUAAGAGUCUCCAGGUUUCAAAAGAAUGGAGCAGGACCCCAAGCCCUGUGGAGGAGCCUUCAGCUCAAUUUUCAAUACACGAGAGGAACAAUGAUCAGAAAAUCCUAGAUGUCACCAACAAGAUCAUUGAGCUGCUGACUGGAGAGGAGUGGGAGUACAUCGAAGGACAUAAAGAACUGUACGAUGACAUGAUGAUGGAGCACCACCGUCCCAUCACACCACUGGAUGGACCCAGUAACGGAAAUACACAAAAGAGAUGUCCCAGUCCGCCAUAUCCACAGGAAUGUCUAGAGAAAAAUGUUGUACCGGAUGAUCAGGAUGAAGUCAAGAACAAUAUAAAAGUUGAAGCUACAAAGAGAGAAGAGACUUGUCUUAUGGACUGUCUGCAGUCUCCAAAGGAGGAAAUUCCUACAGGAGAACACACUAGUGGGAUCUCGAAAAGACACCUUGAUUUGUCUGCAGACAAUAUAAUAGAACAAAACACCAUUGUCCAGGAUUCUUCUAGUAAUAAUCUUACUACUCAGGUCAAAUCCCUGGUUCCUCAAAAAGGAGACCUGUCUUCUACUCAUCCCUCUAAUCACAUGGAACAUUUUUCUGAAGCCUUAAGUAUUAGGACACAAAACCUCAUGACUGAUAUGAAUAUAGCCUCAGUCCUAUACCCUGGAGAUCUGCCAUCUAAUCCCACUAAUAACUUAAAAAAUUCUUCCGACAUGUCCCAUACCGAAAGCACAGGACGCAGAGAUGGAAAAAGAUUUUCAUGUCUAACAUGUGGAAAAUGGUUUUCACAGAAAUCAAAUCUCAUUGUCCAUCAAAGGAUUCACACGAGAGAAAAGCCAUUUUCAUGUUUGGAAUGUGGGAAGAGUUUUAGUCAUAAGUCAAAUCUUGUUCAGCAUCGAAGAAUUCACACAGGCCAAAGGCCACAUUCGUGUUUAGAGUGCGGUAAAUGUUUUAUUAAAAAGUCAGAUCUUCUUAAGCACCAGAGAACACAUGGAAUGGUGAAGCCGUUUCCAUGUUCAGAAUGUGGGAAAUGUUUCACACUAAAAUCUGAUAUGGUCAGGCAUCAGCGGAACCACACAGGGCAGAGGCCAUUUAUUUGUUCAGAGUGCGGAAAAUGUUUUUCCUUAAAGUCGGAUCUUGGCAGACAUGAGAGGAUUCAUUCUGGCCACAAACCCUUCCCGUGUCCGUACUGUGGAAAGUGUUUCACUCUCAAAUCUAAUCUUCGUACACAUCAGAGGAUCCACACGGGAGAGAAGCCCUUUUCCUGUCCUGAGUGUGAUAAAUCUUUUACUCACAAAUCAAAUCUUGUUCAACACCAGAGAAUUCACGCAGGAGAAAGGCAUGUUACUUACACCGAAUAUGAUAGAAACAGUAAAAGAAAUACACCAGAGAGGUGCCCCAGUCCUUUAUGCUUCCAGGAUGGCUCCGAGGAGAAUCACAAUGCUCCAGAGAAUUAUCGGGAAGGCCUCCUCAAUAUAAAAGUUGAAGAGCUAGAUGAUGAAGUAGACACGUUCAUGAUGAAUGAUCAUCACUUCACGAUGGAACAUCCUACUGAUGUCAAUGAAGGUGAACCCUUCAAUGGCAGCAUCUCAAAAAGACACCAUAUUUGGUCUCCAAAUGAUAGAACAGAACAUCGAGCCAUUGGUCAAAUUUUUCCAAAAGAAAAUACAUCUCCUACCCUUGACAGUAAAGAUCUAUCACUUGAUGACUCCCAGAACCUCAUGGCCCAAAAUAUAUCACCAGUACUUUACAAUAGAGAGAUGUCUUCUGAUCCCCCUGAUCAUUUGGAUCGUUCUCCUGAAGCUUCAUAUAUUUUGACACAAAAUUGUAUUGCUCAGAAUAUACCCCCAAUCCUUAACAGUGGAGAUAUACCAUCUGAAUACUUUGAUCGUUCUUUGGAUCCGAAUCAGAUUUAUUUUCAAAGUUCAGGUCUUAUAGGAGGUAAAAUGUUUCCAUGCUUAGAAUGUGGAAAAUGUUUUACAAGGAGCUCAGAUCUCACUGUGCAUCAGACAAUUCACACAAGUGAGGGUCCCUUUUUGUGUCCAGAUUGUGGGAAAUGUUUUAGCCACAAGCAGCAUCUUGUUGAGCAUCUGAGAAUUCACACGGACCAGAAGCCUCAUUCAUGUUUCGUGUGUGGAAAGUGUUUCACGCUAAAAUCUGACUUGGUCCGACAUGAGAGAAUCCACACCGGUCAGAGACCAUUUUCUUGUUCGGUGUGUGGAAAAUGUUUUGCCUUGAAGUCAGAUCUUGGCAGACAUGAGAGAAUCCACUCCGGUCACAAACCCUUCAUGUGUCCCUACUGUGGCAAAAGUUUUACUCUAAAAUCCAAUCUUCUUACACAUCAGAGGAUCCACACAGGGGAGAAGCCGUUUUCCUGUCCUGAGUGUAAUAAAUCUUUUACUCAUAAAUCUAAUCUUGUCCAACACCAGAGAAUCCACACAGGAGAGAGGCUCUUUCCUUGCGACCAGUGUGGUAAAUGUUUCAGUCAAAAAUCUGUUCUUGUUCAGCAUCAAAAGAAUGACACUAUUGAGACCUUUUUUUCGUGCGUUGAUUGUGGCAAGUGUUUUAGCCAAAGAAUAAAUCUCAUGAGACAUCAAAAGAUCCACAAAGGAGAAAAACCGUUCCCAUGCUCCAUGUGUGGCAAGUGCUUCACUCAUAAGUCAGACGUGGUCCGGCACCAAAGAAUCCACACGGGGGAACGGCCGUUUCCUUGCUCGGAAUGUGGAAAGUCAUUUUCGCAGAAAUCUGUUCUUAUUCAACACCAGAGGAUUCACAAUGGUGAAAAACCAUUUUCGUGUUCUGAAUGUGGCCGUUGCUUUACACAGAAAUCUAUUCUUAUUAAACAUCAAAAAGUUCACACAGAGGAGCGCCCGUUUGCCUGUCCUGAAUGCGGGAAAUGCUUCACAAGGAAAUCCGUUCUUCUCGAGCAUCAGCGCAGCCACUUCAGUGAGAACCCUUUCCCCUGUUUUGAUUGCGGCCAGUUCUUUGCGAAAAAAUCUGAUCUUGAUGAACACCAGGUCAUUCACAAUAGCGAGAAGCCGUUUUCGUGUUCUCAGUGCGACAAAUACUUCAAAUUCAAAUCUGAUCUUGUUCGACAUGAGAGAAUCCACACAGGGGAGAAACCAUUUUCCUGUUCAGAAUGCGGGAAAUGUUUCUCGCAGAAAUCGGAUGUUGUCAUACACCAGAGAAUUCAUAAAGGAGAGAAGCCUUUCCCAUGUGAGGAAUGCGGAAAAUCCUUUACCCAGAAGUCUGUCCUCCUCAAUCAUCAGAUAAUGCACACGGGACAGAAGCCCUUUUCCUGCCCUGACUGCGGGAAGUUUUUUACACGGAAAUCCAACCUCAUUAAACAUCAGUCCAUGCACACGGGGGUGAAGCCGUUUUCGUGUUCUGACUGUGGUAAAAGUUUUACGCGGAGAUCUCGUUUCCUCAAACAUCAGGAGAAUCACAGAAAGCCUAAUGAGAGCUAGAAUCAGGAACUCUUACAUCCAAAGACCAAAUUUCACUAAAGAAGCACUCUGGGAAUUUUGUUUUUCUUUUGUGCUUACAGUGCAGCAGAGGCUAUUUUUGGAGAAUUAUAUAGAGAUCCUAGAAUAUGCCUUGUGCAUACCUCUUGUAGCUGAUAUGACAGGCUUGGGUUAGGCUUCAUUUUGGAUGGAAAUCAAUCAUAGAAAUGAUUCUGUAAUGCUGCUUGUAUUUCCCUUUCAAAGGAGAACUCCAGCCAUAUGAAAUUACCUUUUUAUAUAGCUGCACAUGAUAGUUAUAUAACUUUGCAAUGUGAAGUGUAAUCUUUGAUUACCACAUACCCUGUUUCUCUCCAGACAGGAAGUCCAGAGAUCUUAUCACACUGAUGGACACUUAACACUCCCUUCUCCUCAGCUCAGAGAUCUGACAGCUUCAUGGUGCCGUGUUUGAGUGUCCCUGAUUGGCUGGAGGGCAACACACUUGCCUCACUGUUCACUCAGUAGCCUCUCCCUGCAGCUCACACAGGAAACAAGCCCAAUAUGUGUAGUUAUUUAUUAUUUUUUUUUUUUUUUAUUUUUUUUUUAGCCGUGCAGGAUUCUUAAAGGCUGUUUAUAGAGGGGUCUGAUUUUAAAACAAAUCAGCUGGGGUGCCUUGAGCCAUGGUGAGCUUAUAUAUAUAUAAUUUAUUUAAGCUAAGUUAUACCACUUUUGGCUUGAUAUCUCCUUUAAAUCCUCUGACUUUAGGAAUGGUGUUUGAUCACCGCACCUAGCCAUCUAAUCAGGCUGCUAGUGUUGAAGUUAACCCUGGUGAACUCAAUAGACUGAAGUGGGGGUCGGGUCAGUUCACAUUAUGUGCAGUUUUGAUGCAUUUUCCUAUUUAAAGUGCGUUUUUAGAGAAAUAUUGCCACAAGGUGAAAGUGGUUUGACCUAUAAUAAUUGAGGUAUUUUAAUAAGUAUUUCGGCUGUGUUCACAAGUUGAAUUUUUACAGCAUAUAUUUACUGCACUUUGGCUGUUUCUGCUGCAGUAUUACAAAAUUGCGGUAAAGUGACACAUUUUUACAGUGAUAUGCACAAUUGCAGUACAAUAGCACCUUUUGUGGUGUGAUUUUGGGAAAAUCAUGGCAAAAAAAAAUGAGGGGAAUUAAUGUUAGUGUGAGUGGUGAACAUUUUUUUCAUAUUUUUGUAUUGUUGUGGCAAUGUGUAUGUGCCAAAUUUAUUAAAUGAUCGUUAGACAUGUAAUAAAUAUGGUGCUAGUACAUAUAUAUUUUUUUAAACACUUUGGUCCCCAGCCGUAGUAGAUCACAGGAAGUAGCUGGACCAAGGUUUGACUUCCUUUUGACAAAUUAAAGGGGUACUCCUGUGGGAAUUUUUUUUUUUUUUUUUUUUUUUUUAUCAA